AAGAAAAUGGACUUUACUGCAGCGAAUAGAUCACCAUUAAAUACAAGUAAAACAAAAUAAAUGUAUACUUUCUCAAAAGCAAAACGUUGGGUUGAUCCUAAAGAUAAUGUGUAUUGAAAGAUUAAUUAAUAAUUAGAUGCCCUCCAAUAUAUCAAUUGCCAACAACAUUGAGUAAGAGAGCAGCAGGAAUAGGAUAUGGAAAGAAAAUGAACAUAACCUAAGAAAGUAUAUCACCAGCACCCAAUUCAUAUUAAGUUCAAACUGCCAAUGAACAUGGAUGGACAAUGGGAUUGGGUAGAGAUGUAACAUUAAAGUAUAAUGAUCUAAGCGUGCUAAUAAAUUUGAGAGCAUCUUCUUGGGUUUAGUCUAAAAAACACCUGGGCCAGGAUCAUACAAUUUUAAAGAAAUCUAGUCAGCUGUUCGUUAUAGCAUGAGAUAACGAUUAAAUAGUAGAAAAAGCAAAGAUCGAAAACCUGGACCGUAUUCCUAUGAACCUAUUCUAGUGGCGAAUAUAAUUUACCAUCAAGUAUUAACAGUCGAGGCAAAUAUGCUCUAAGUCAAUAUCGAGAGUAAUUUUGAAUGACGCUAUCAAAUACAUAGUUCCGGAGCUGUUGUUCUUUCACCUCCAAGAGCCAAUUCAGAUAGAAAAUUUGGAGAUAAUACUCCAGGACCAGGAACAUAUAAAGAAAUAGGUAACUUAGAUCCUUAAGGAACUUACUUUUGUUCCAAAUUUGGUGCAAGCAAAUGUAUUAAAUUCCCAAGAGCUUAACGUAUACUUUCUGAACAUAGAGAUGGAUCACCUGGACCUGGUUAAUAUAGAUUACCAUCAGAUUUUGGAGCAUGA